GACCUUGCCCGUGGAGAGGCGGCGGUAGCGAAGGCCGCUGUCAAGAUGGCGGCCGGAGCGAAGAGGCGGCGGGCUCUGCAAGCUUCUCCCCGGCCGCUCUCCGCUUUCCCCGCCGCCCUCGCGGUGCUGCUUCUGCUUGGCUGUGGCCCAGCUUCUGCCGCUUCUGCCCCUGUGUGUCACCACCGCAUCCCCAGCGCCAGGGAGGUGAGGCGGGUCUUUGGAGGCGGGGGGGGGGGGGCUAAGAGGGCGACACGGGAUCUCCGCCUGGACCUGCGGAUGCCAAUGAUGGUUAGGACUCGCCUUUGGCUUCCGCGCAUCUUUCCGCCGGUUGCCGCGUUUGCAGCGUUGUCGGCCGCCUGUUUUGCCUGUUUUUCGCAUUUGUGCUCGUAAAAGUUCCUGCUUUGAAUGCAAGUGAGGAUGGUGGGGACCGGUUUCGGAAAUCUGAUUUAAAUCUCUCCGCUCGUCCACUUCCUUGGGAUCCUUCGUUUUUUGAAUGCCGAUGCGUGUCGCGGUUUGCAGCAAAGCGGUAACCUGUUGGUUGGUGCCGGUUGUAUCUUCCACGCAUCCCAGCAACUUAUUUUUUCCUAGGGAGGACCGCGAAACGCUAUGGGAAAAUAGUUUUAAGCCGUGCCGCUCCGAUAUUUUUUUGUCAUAUGUUAGACUAAAGGCAGGGAAAUGGCUCUACAGUUUUGGCAUUUACCUCGCGGGGUAGGUACGUCGUUUUCCCGUUGUUUUGGGCGACUCAGCCUAUUCUGUUGCUUUAUUGUAGAAAGCCAAGGUGAUCCAAUUGACAAAAUACUCAGAUUAGAAGCUAGGUUUAGUUUUCUUUCUGAAGAAAGCCGCUAUGCUCUGUUCUUUAAUUCUUCUCAGUACUAUUGCCACCAUUUAUGGCACACAGGAUACUCUUGACGGCUAAACUAAUGAUGCACUUAAAAAAACACACCACCCCCCAGCACAAGUUAAAAAUGGAAAUAAUCACAUUUUGUUAUUACCCACCCAUUAAGAUCCCAUGGUCAUUACUUUUCUCUAAUGGAAAAUUUGGUUUGUUUAAAUUCUUGAUAUUUUCAGUGGUAAUGGAUUUAACAGAAAGUCUUAUCCUGUUUAUGUGAUUUUAUUUUAGUGUAUUCAGUCGGACUUGGCUCCUAAUUAAGCGUGCAUAGGAUUAUGGCCUAACAGAGAAGUUUAAGCUGUAAGACUCCUAGCAACAAGACAAAUAGUUGCUUCCAAUGGGGGGGGGGCACUCCCUCCCACCGCAGAAACUUGGAUUCAAUAUGUGUGGAAUAUAGCACUUAUGUAAUGCUCAGCUCACCAUUGGAGGGUGAUAAGAGGAAUAACAAAAAAAGAUGGGUCUGAAUUUAUAUUGUUUAUUAACAGUACUGUACAGGAAUCUCUUUUCCGUCUCAGUCACAGCAGCCUGUGUGUCACCACAUGUUAGUGUGUCGGCUGCAGUGUAGGUACACUCCCCAUGCUCCUCUUGGGGCUGGAAAGGGUUAGUUUAACCUCUGGUUUGCUAGUAAAACUGUAUUACUGUUUCACGAAAUGAUGCAAAACUGAAUUACUGUUUCACGAAAUGAUGCAUGUCUAAAAAGUGUGUCACGAACAUGAAAAGUUUGGAAAGCUCUGUUUUAGAUAGACGUAUAGCCUGUGGAUGUGAGCUUAAUCUGUAAAGGAAAAUAUUUUUAAAGUCUGCUUUGAUGCCAUGUAGAUGGCUCUAUACAAGACUUAACAUCUGUACAUGCAUUUGUCCUGGAAGACAACAGGUUGUUUGGUAAUAGUUCUAAAAGUUUUCAGUAAAGUUUGUAAAAAAAAAAAAUCUGAAACAACUUCAAGACUCUGCCAUGUUUUGUGGCCACCAGUGAUCUGCUGGUGGUGUAAAAACUUCUUCAUCAAACUGUCCCGUCCCCCCCACCAGGGAGGCUGUGGCCUACAUGCCAGGUGACACAGAUACCUACGGCAUCUAUAAUAACCCUGCCAGCACCAGCCAAACCUGCCACCUUCCACCAGGCAUACACAACCUGCUCUACUUGUUCAUGACCAAUCAUCAACACAUAUGCACCAAAAUCAUGCCCCAGCAUGAAACUGUAAGCAAACACACAGGCACACACUGGCACUCCCAAACACAGUGAUUAUAAGCCCACACCUGCAGCUGACAGCCACAUAUGCCAAGGAAAAAUGGCUACAGGGGCACAACAAUAUGCACUAGUGAAAAGCAACACACCACCCCAAGGACGCAUACACACUCCCCAAAGUGGGGCGGGGAGCAAGCCACAUCCUCCUCCUCAUAGGCAGGAGUUGAGCUUUAAUAUGUUACAACCGUGGCAUGAACAAAAUUACCAAUUAACACAUAAACUACAUAGAUUUAUAGUGCCUACUGGCAUUAUUUUGGAUUUUGACUGAUUAACAACUAGCCAGAAAUUUCACCAAAAUUAAUAAUUUUUAUUAAUUCUUAUAUAGACUAUUCAGACCUAAUUUUUUAAAAAAACAUAAUCUGUAUAUGUAGCCAUUUUUAAAUUCUAUUUGUCCAUGUACAAAGCCAUGAAUUUGUCUUUUCUGCCUAAUUGCACAAAUACCAGUUCUAGACACAAACUGAAUAUUAAAAAAAGGGCAGCUUUGACUUGUUCAUCUCUUUUAAUCAAAUGAAAUAAUCUAUUUCAUAAGCUCUUGCAGGAACCCAAACUUUUCCAAAGCAACAAAAAGAACCCAGCAAUAUAUUUUGUGAAAUGCUUUCUCAGCAUCAAGCAAAAUAAUUGCAGCCAUGUCAUUUCUAUUACUAUUUUUUAUUGUUAUAACCCUGGAACUUUAUAGUAAAGGGGGGGGGUGCAAAGGAAACUAGUAAAUAAAUCUGAUAGAUGCAUCUGUUUCUUAUAUUUUUUGGGAAAAAAAGUUAUACAUGUUAUUUGUUGAGUCAAAUCUAUUUAUUCUUUAUUUAGGUUAUCUAUAAAGUUUAUCUUAAGGAAAAUCGUGUUAUAAAGAGAAAUGUGGAUGAACAACUAAGAAUUAAGACAGUAUAUGACAAAAGUAUUGAGGAGUAAGUAUAAUGGCAGCCUUCUAAAAUUAUUAUUCUGAGUUGGGAAGGGGCUGUUGGUCCUGCCUGAGAGGUAUUUCUCCACACAUGUGGAAAUGCCUUCAGUUUUUAGUUCCUGCAUUCAAGCAUUAGGGAGAGCUCAUGUCCAACCUGAGGACAUCUUACCUGUACUGGAAAAUUAGCUGAUAGCUAGGAAGACCUGUCCCCCUUCUACUUUCCUCACCAAACAAGUAGGCAAGGUAAUAGGGAAUACGUAGCUAAGGGGGACAGAUUUGUGUUGCAGGACUGAGUCUGGAGUAACUGGUUUUAUAGGUGGAAAGGGAUUGGUUGAUGAUAGUAUUUCAUACAAAUAGAAAAGAAACAAUUCCCUCCCCUUAUUGUUUUCUUUCUUCAUAGAUUGCCACCUGAAAAAAAGCACCUUAUAAAGGUAUGUGACUCUUCCUUCUUGCAUGUAUGUCAGUCAUGCCUAUUGCUGAAUGGAGUUCUAGUUUAAUUGCACCAAUCCACUGGUCUGUAUGAUCCGUGACUGUAAGUGGUAUUUUAACUUUUCUAAACAGCUUUCCUGCUCCAUAUCUGAAACUGCUUUUGAAAUUUGUGCAGACCUAACAUUGUGUGUUCUCCUAACCGUGGUUAUGUGAUCAGGAGCAAACUGACUUUUCUCCCUCCUUCUCCCUCUUUGGUGCAAUUUCCACUCUCCCUUACCUUGGCAACUUUAACCAAAAGCAGCAUUAAGAACUACAGAAAUGAUAAAUGUGGUUUUAGCGCUAGCCAGAGUUCAUGUGUGAACCAAGUUCUGAUGUAUGCUACAAACCUUAAUUUGUGUCACCUUGCUGCAGAUUUUGUUAAAGUUCAGGAUACAUGAGUAUUGUCUGAUAAUACAAUAAAAUCAGCAUCUCUUUAUGCUUAUCUCAUUCAGUUCAAAGCUGUGAAAAUAUACUUAGUAAGUGAGACUUGGGACUUCAUUCUUUAGAAUCUAGUUUCCUCUCUCUCUUUUUUUGGUGUAAAGAGACUUUUCUUUUCUGCACAUUUAGAAUAAGCUUUUCCCGCAAGCUAUUUCCUAUUUAGAGAAGACAUUUCAAGUACGGAAACCUACUGGUACCAUUCUAUUAAGCAGGUAUGUACAUGGUUUAGUGUUGUUUAAUAGUAAGUGUCAACAUAAGUCUGUAUUUAAGAUUAUAUUCUGCCUGUAGAUCAGAAUUGUUCCCACCCACCCAAAAAACCCCACUAAGAGUAAUUCCAUUCUGAUGAGUAAAUUAACUUGGUUACAUUGGUAUACCUAGCUUCUCUGUUAUGUGGGUUUAUUCUAUGCAUCCAUUUCAUUGAUAACUAAAUCUGUAAUUCUGAUUUGUUUUAAGACAGUGUGUAACAAAUGAAUAUUUAAGAAAGAAAGAUGACCCUCACCGAUACUGCCGAAAAGCAUGUGCAGAAUAUACAAAGUGUGGUCCAGUCACAGUUCCUGAGGAACACCUGCAGGUAAUUCAGUCCUCGGCGGCCCAGGUGUGGGGAACUUCCAGUUCAUGGUUCGAAGAUGGCCUUCCAGGCAUCCUUCAUUUUCAAUAAGCCAUGCCUACCUGCCCUGCACCUGAUAUCAUACGUGAGGGGCAGGUAAGGGCAGGACUUUAAAGGAACAACUGGGACAUGUUCCUUUGAGCAAGGUUUCCUUUGAUUUGAUUUGAUCUGAUUGAUCUACACCCUAGCCUUUGUCCAAAAUGGAGCACAGAGCAGCUUACAACAACAAUUAUAUAAUACUAUAAUCAUAAUAAAACCACUCCUAAACCCAACAAAUGAAAAUGUAAUGGACAGCAGCAAUAAAGCUGUGUAGCACAAAUAACACUUCAUGAUCCAAAUUCCCGGACAAAUAAAAAUAUCUUAAUUCUUAGCACAAUUCUUAUGAGAACGGUUGCACUAUGUAUCCACAGUUAACAUCCCUGGCCGGAAAAAACAUAGCAGCUCUUAUAAGUAGCAAAUUUCUGAACAGAAGUUGUGAGUCAACUGUGCCAGUCAUCACUUGCAAGGGUAUAAUCUUAAAUCCCGUUAUAGUAUCACAAUGAGAAGAUUCCAUUUCCUUUGGUACUUAACUGUGGUAUCAAGGCAAAUCAAUCAGUGGCAUCAAGCGAAGUGAAGUUAAGAAGAGCAUAUAAUGUUGCGAAUCAACAGGGAUGAGAGAACUAGGAGCUGAGUUCAACAGAUUGGUGAGAGGAUUGAAUUUUCAGCUUGAGUGCAGAGAAAUUGUGGGGUUCAGUAACACUCAAAGGUAUAUUAUGUUGAUGGACCUAGGCUACUUUUUAAAAUUGUUUUCAGUUUUAAUGUCUUGUUUUUAAAUGGACUUGAAUGGUUUUUUUCAAUUUCAUUAAAGAAAAUAAGUUUUGGGCAGUCCCUGUAUUACACUUUUCAGUGUUUACUUCCUUAGUUUUCCUUGAGUUAACAAAACAGCUGGAUAAACUGGAUGAAAGCUGCAUUUUUAAAAACCUUGAACAGAUCAAGAGUGAUCAUAUAUCUUGCCCAGUGUAAAUUCUCUGGCACCAGAUAUUAAGGCUAACCACAGUACAUAUAGACCAUAGCAGACGAUAUGCUUUGUACAAUCUACAUAUGGGCAAUGAUAAUAAGAUGUCACAGUAUAAGGUACUACAGCAUCUUCAGAUUCUACAACACAGCUGUCAUCUUUUCCCUUUUCUUGCAAGGAAUCCUAUUCGGAAUAAGGGAAUUUCCCUUUUAAAAAGGGAAACGUUGACAGCUAUGUGCUACACAUACACACACACACACACCCCACACCUCACUUUUACAAUCUGAAGGAUGCCUCUGGAUUGGAAGACAGUGUAGUAGGCAUGAGAGCUUUCCAAAAGAAAAGCUGGAAGAAAUGAUUAUGCAUUCAUUAAUGUCAUUCUCUAUUUCAAUAUCAUUUGGUCCUAACACACCUUGCCAUUUUCUGAACUUUGGGCUCUUAAAAAGCAUUUGUGGAUUCCAGGAGGGUAUAGCUUUCAAAAACUAUUUUAAAAAAUAAUCAGGUGCAACUAUACCCUUUGGAUAUUGGCUGUGAGCAGUAUUACAAAAUCAAUAUAAGUGUGGCAAAUCAUUGUCUUAAUAUCUUUCUUCUGUCAGAUAAAGAAAAAUAGAAAGGAGGAUGGGUUGUAUCUAAGUCAUGCUCAGAGCAGGCCUAUUAAAUGGCUGGCUAGCUCAGUUGGUAGAGCAUGAGACUCUUAAUCUUAGAGUUGUGGGUUUGAGCCCCCUGUUGGGCAAAAUGAUCCUGCCUUGCAGGGGGUUGGAUUAGAUGACUCUUGUGGUCCCUUCAAAAUCUACAAUUCUAUGAUUCUAUAAAUUAGUCAUGGCCAUUGAUUUCAGUGCCUCAAGUCUGAGCAGUUGGUUACCAAAUUUCUUCUGUUAGACUGAAGACAGUUGUUAAAUUAUGUCUGUUUGAAACUAAUUUCCUCUAAAUUUAUUGUCUUAGCAAUGUAGGGCGUGUAAUGAAAUGCUGGAUUGUGGACCUGUUGGUGUAAGAGACCAAGAAGGGGUUCGAGAUGCUGACUUCGUGUUAUAUGUUAGUGCUCUGACUACUGAAAGGUGUGGCCAAGAAAAUAUUAUUGCAUAUGCAGCAUACUGUCAACUAGAAGCUGAUAUGGACAGGUAACAUUUUCCCCCUCCAAAUUAACUUUCAUUUAUAAGUGUACUGGUGUGAUGACUUCCAAAGGUGGCUUUAACUGACCAGUUUACUAGAUGAACUGUGCUGCUCAAAUUAAUGACUAAUUCUUAAUGGAACUAGAAUUGUCUAUUCUGAGUUCCUUUUUUGAGCAGUAGAUGCCUGUGUUUGUAGCCUGAAUCAUGAAAUUAGAAGAAUCGCCAACUAAAGUAGAUGUUGCACUCUUAAUCUCUAUUGUUUGCAGAGAAAUCCAACUUCUCUUUGUUAAGAGAUUUUACUAGCAAUACCAUUAUCAAAAUCUAUUUAAUUUGUGGUCAGAUGGGGGUGGAGUGAAAACAUGUUUCACUCUGCUGCCCAUUGUGUAAAUGGUGAAACUACAAUUGCUUACGCGCUUUAGCAUUCUAAAUUUAGAUUUUUGGUUGUUGUUGAGUGCACAUUGUUUGUAUUCAUUUAUUAAGCUUAGCAUGUUCCUAAGAUGGUGAAGUUUUUAUUCUAUAGAAAUAUAUUUUUCAUUAUUUCCCAGACCAAUUGCAGGGUAUGCUAAUCUUUGCCCGAAUAUGAUUUCAACCCAAGCACAAGAAUUUGCUGGCAUGCUGUCUACUGUGAAACAUGAAAUCAUUCAUGCACUGGUAAGAUAUGUUAUUUGUUGCAUUCAUUUAAAAUACUAGCAACAUCUUUGUGUUGCACCAUGCAAAAAAUUAUUUGUUUUUGUUUCUCUUCUAAAAGACAUAGAUGUGAACUUAGCCUACACUGUAUGUUUAUUUUACCAUACUUUCAGACAACUUUUUUUGUUGUUUUGAGGUUUGUUAACUUCUAGGCAAAACAUGCUUUCUUAUGUUGAUGAUAAAUAAUAUAAAUGACUUUGCAUUGCCUUAAAGGGUUUUUCUGCUGGGCUGUUUGCAUUUUAUCGUGAUGAUGAUGGAAAUCCUUUGACUGCCCCAUCUCAAAAUGGAUUGCCACCCUUUAAUGAAAGGUAUAUAUUGAAAUCUAUGUUGGACUUUAUGAAUCUAUGUAGUUUUGUUGAAGGAAGUGAUGUGACAUAGUUGCGAAAUAAUUCUUUUGCCAACAUUUUAAUACCUUGUGACUCAGUUGGUUUGUUUCCUUGGCUGAUUUUUCUUCCAUGUCCUCUUUCAUAGCUAGCUAUCAUGAGCUUCACAGUUAUCAUGUUUAAUAUUAUUAUUUUUUAAAUGCAUUUAACAUUUGCUGAUGUCAGCCUGUUGAUCAUAUUUAGAAUUGAUCCUGCUUGCCAGUCAAGUUAAUUCAGUCUGCCUUCCUUACAGCCUUGGUGUAUAUCAAUGGAGCAAUAAAGUAGUAAAUAGCGCUGUGCGGUUAUGGGAUGUACGGGGCAAUAAGAAACUACUUCACAAUGUAUUCCUUCUGAUAACUCCUAAAGUAGUUGUAAGUAUCAUGUUCACUUUUUAUCAGAAUAAAUCUAACUAACUUCCUCAGAUAAGGACAUCUACACAAUUUGCCUUGCCUUCUUUAGGAGGUUUAUCUAACACUUUGAGAAUUAUAGGAAUAGCUUACUCCCAGUAUCCCUGGCAAGCUGCUUACUGGUAAAAUAAUGCAUGUCAAGAGGAAUAAUUCUCAUUAGAAAAAUGAUCAAUCCUUGUAAUAGUAAAGUGGCUGGCCCUUCUCCAACUACUAGAGCACCAGAACAAGGCCACCCACAGACGUGGGAGUGGGGUUGGUUCCGGAUAUCACAGGUGUGCCAAAGAUAUCAGUUCAAAGAAAUGAGAGACCUAAAGGAGAGAUCUCAAGCUGUGCAUGGAAGCUGCCAUCAUGCCGCCAUAGAACCUGAGUGGCAUGAAGCCACAGCACAGACACAAAACUUCAGCAGACUGGGUUGCUGCUUGUAUUCCUUCAGCCUACUAAAGCGGAAGGAAGUUGGGCAAAAGCCUGUUCACAUUGUGGCUUGCAUAGCUACCUGUUAGAUAUGCUUUUUAUCCUCCAAGUGAUUCAAAUAACCGAAUCAUUCUGAAGACUUUAAAUUAUGGGUUUUAUGAGAUCAGAACGUGUUAUGUUUUUCAUAUAGGUGAAUUAAUUUUAAAACCUUUUAAUUAUUAUUAUUAUUAUUCUCAGCUUCAUGAACUUUAAAUAGUAUUUCUUACUAGCAGCUUCCAUCUCCGGCUCGCUCCAUUCACUAACCUCCCCUGCCCACCAACCCCUUUGACAAUCCUCUCUUCUCCAUGUAUAUGUAACCCCUCCUCCCUUUACACCUCGCCCUUCGCCUCACCCCAAGCUUUAAAGGAGGGGCUUUUUUUGCCCAAAACCACACUCUAAAGUGCCUCCUCCCUCCGUUAACACUUGCUGCAGCUGGAUUUAACAGGGGAAGCACUUCAGGGAGCUGCUGGGCAAAUCACUCUAUGAAGUGCCUCUCUUCCCAAACAUCUUGCCUGGGGCACCUGCCACCCACACUGCUUGCUUGCCUGCCUGUUCUGCUGUCCAGCUGGUGUUUGCAUGGCUGCCUAUUGCCAAUCAUGUGAACCACAUUGUGAUAGCAGUCUUACAUUUCAACACAUAUAGGAAGAAGAAUUGGGGGACCCUUUUCAUUGGAAAUCUGUGCAAGAUGAAGGAAGCCCCUCCUGGGAACUUAAAAUAUGAGGGGAGGGAGUUAGUUUUGAUUCUCAAGGAAGAGUAUUGCUAAUUAUUUUGACAGCAGUCUUCUGGUGCAUCUUUUUGAAGGAGGAGGCCCGAAAACACUUUGGAUGUCAAUUUCUAGAGGGGAUGGAACUUGAAAAUCAAGGUGGCAUGGGUACAGAGCUCAAUCAUUGGGAAAAGAGAUUGUUGGAGGUCAGUACAGCUAAUUAUGAUACAGUAGCUAUUGGGUUUUUUGUGAGGUGAUCAUAAACUGAAAUGCAGGUUUUUGUGAUAUCGGAUACUUUGUCUCCAGGAUGACAGAUUGAUGAAAGUUUAAAUGUAGGAUUUAUCACUGGAAAGAUUCCUUCCCCCAUCCUCAGAUUUUUAUUUAAUCUUUCCAUUAGAACUUGUUAAUUGGAUAGUCACUGCAAUCUAGAUAAAAUGGGAUUUUAUAAAGCAGUUUUUAAAAGAGGAGCAGUACAGCUUGCUUUGUGAAAGAAUACCAUGCAUUAUAAAGAAUACAUAUUGAAUAUAUAAAGAAUAUAUAUUGUAAUUAUUACCUUUGUCUUCAUUUGUCUUUACCUUUCCACUCUGCCAUUUCUUACUAUUUGUUUUAAAUGAGCAGUACCAGAGGAGCAAUUUAGGGUAGUCCCCUAGUGUUUCAGACCAUAUGCAACUCCUCAUUCUGUAGUUGGCUUAUACACUUAAUACAGUGGUGAGAGGGCCUCCCGCAGAUAUCAGCUCAUCAGGAAGCCUGAUGAUUAGAUGUCUAGUGUGGCAGUGCCUACCCUUUGGAAACCACACCAUUAUAAACCCAGGAGGUGCCGUCUUCAUUGGCUUUAAACACCUAUUGAAUCCUCUACCAUCAAGCCCCCUAAGUGGAGAUGAAGACUAUCCCAGACUUUACCUGAAUUGGCCCAGGGAUAGCACAUACAUGUAAAUCACUUCAGACCGUUUCAUGGGGAGGGAUCCUAAAUGAAAUAACGAAGGAAAUGUUAGAAAUAAUUAAUGGACCUAUGUAAUAAGUGUUUAUGCCCAAAGGUGCACAUUCUUUCUUCUCCCCCACCCCAAAACGAGGAAUGAGUUCUUGUUCUGUCAUGAAGCUUACGGGUUUUUUGGGUGGUUACUUUCAGAAUGAAGCUAUGACUGGAUCGCACACUCAGAACAGGGUCUUCUCCCGCAUCACUUUGGCAUUAAUGGAAGACACUGGGUAAGGAUGUAUAGUUGGUUUUGGUUUUCUCAUAAAUAUGCCUUGUUUGGACAGAUCUUAAAUAUAUAGUUAAGAAACUUAUGUAGUUGGAGGUGUUUGAAUUUUAGGCUUCGGAAACAACGCAACAUUUCUACGCAAAUCAUUUUGUCGAUAUUGUUGCCGCUCCUUGUUCUUGUAAAUAUUGGGGUUUCAUGUGAGGUUUUGUCUUAAGAUUAAUCUUUCCAUUCUGGAUUUGCAUCUGCCAGUCAGCUAUUUUUAAUGCACGUGAAAAGCCUAUAUCUUGAGUUGGAUAACUUAAAUUCUAACAUGAAAUUGAAAACAAAAUUUCUCCGUUCAUUUUGCAUUUAUCUGCUGGUGCAAUGUGAAGUUGUAGAGUCAAAUUAAGGAUACUCCUGAACUAAUCAUAAUUCUUGAGCAUUUCCCUCCAGCUGUAAGUGGAUAAUGGGGGAUAACUAGUCAGAUUUAAAUUACCUUAGAGUGGCAUUAGUGCUAGCUGUUGAAAUCUUUUCCCCCUUUCAAUGUUUAUUCCUUCAUUGAAGGAGAAGAGCAAUUCCAUUUUUGGGCUUUGCUUCUUAAGCCAAAAGAGAAGCAGUAAUCUUGGAGACGACAAUACGUGUGCUUGUUUGUAGAAAUGCAUUUGCCUUUCCUUUCAGUUACCCUACCUGCAUUAGGAAAUGGUUCAUAUUGGGUAGCUUGAUUAACACAUGCAGAGCUUUGAAAUAACUUUUUGCUGACUGUUCAGAAGUGCAAUAACCUAAUUUCUAUUUCAACGUAUGUUCACAGCUGGUAUAAAGCGAAUUACAACAUGGCAGAAAAGCUUGAUUGGGGCCGAGAUAAAGGCUGUGACUUUGUGAUGAAAAGCUGUAAGUUUUGGAUUGAUCACAAGAGGAGAAGGUAAGAAUGUGUUUCUUUAGAUUGCAUGUUCUGUGAUGCCAGUGGCAUUGCAAUAGCCUAUUAAUGUUUGUCUGGUUAGUACUGAUUUUUUUGUUAAGUGUUGUAUAAAAAUAUUUUAACAGUUCCCUUAUUGUGGUUUUCAACUUUAUUCACAGGAAAGAAUUGGUGGAUCCAUAUUGUGACACUCUGCGGACUAAUCCAUUGCAGCUAACCUGUAGACAGGACCAAAGAGCAGUGGCAGUGUGCAAUUUACAGAAAUUCCCACAACAGCUUCCUCAGGAAUAUCAGGUAUAAAGGGUGUUACUCUAUGUGAGUUCUAUGAACCAUCAGUCUCAUUCAGACAUGAGAACAAGCAGCGGGGCUGGGCACGUCCUCCUUCUCUUCCAGUGCAACCACAAGGAAGAAUUUGGAAGCUUUUGCUUCCAUUUUAGAUUCAGCUUGAUUUGUUGUCGGAUCACAUGCAAACUGUAGUUUGUUGAAACAAGUCAACUUUAAAUCAUAGUUUAAGCAGCUGGCUUGUUUCCACUCACCAUAGUUAAGAUUAACCGUAGUUUAGGGUUCAGACAACACACAGUCAAAAGAGAAUGCAUUUGUCAUGCAUAGCAGACUUGUAUGUGCAGUUUUAGCAAUACUGUUGUUUCUAAAAUAAAAAUUAUUAAUGGCAGUAGCAACUAUAGCUUUGUGCUUUGGUUCUCUUUAACAUGAAUACAAUGUAUGGAAUGUGGGUUUCUGCCGUUGUUGUAAAAGUUUGCUAUUACUACCAGGUGAUGGUGAUGGUGAUGAUGAUCAUAUGACUGUGCUGCUUCUACCUUCAUAGCUGCCUCUGUCACUGUAUCUUUUGCAGUAUUUUGACCGUCUUUAUGGGGUACCAUCAGAAGAUUUGCCUUAUUAUGGUGGGUCUGUUGAAAUUGCCGACUUCUGUCCGUUCAGUCAGGAAUUUAGCUGGCACUUAAGUGGUGAAUUUCAACGAAGUUCAGACUGUAGAAUACUCGAAAAUCAACCAGGUCAGUUGGUUUUGUGUUUAGUUUCUCCUUUACUAUCUUUCAGAUAUUUUGGGUUCCAAUGUAAGGGAAACCCAUGGCUUCUUUAUCUAACCCAUGGUUGUCAUGUUGCAUCUGUAUCUGAGGUUUGUUUCAGGCUCAGAAACUAGGAUCUGAAAUCACAGUGUGAAGCUGGUUAGCAGUCCACAGUAUGUGUUAACAGUGCUUUCCUGAUUUUUUAGAUCCUUUCAAAAACUAUGGUGCAGAGAAAUAUGGACCAAAUUCUGUGUGUCUCAUUCAGAAGUCAGCUUUUGUUAUGGAACAAUGCAGAAAGAAACUCAGUUACCCUGACUGGGGCAGUGGCUGCUACCAGGUAACUGCAGGAGCUCUUAAUUUAAGGUUGCAUUUUGUAAAGUUGUGUUGUUUAGAAAUCAUUAUUGCUCUUAACUAGUCAUUACAUGUUUCUAUAUUUAUAUCUAAUUGUAUUAGACCAGAUAGUCAUGUGGAAGUCAAAAGAUCUCCCUACCUCAUGCCCAUUAGUUUUAUGCCAACAGUAUAAGUCUCUAAAGUGAGCAGAUACCCUCUUACACGGCCUGACCAACAAUCUGUCAUCUUCCAAAUCUGCAUGCAAACAAGUGAAGGUACACACAAAUUGUUCUAGCUUUUCCUUUUGACAGCUCGACUACAAGCAACAUGUCUCUUAAAAGACUUGGUUUAAAAAUUAAAUAAAUGCUUGCAAUAAUCUAGCUAGUCCAACUUUAUUUCUUAGGUUUCUUGUUCUCCCCGUGGGCUGACUGUUUGGGUCAAGGAUGAGUCAUAUUUGUGCAGUCGCUCAGGUCAAAUCCUAACAGUGAAUAUUCAGAUGAAUGGAUGGGUACAUAUUGGGAACCUAAUUUGCCCAGCGUGUUCAGACUUCUGCGAUUUCUGCCCACCUGAGCAGGAUCCUCCUCCAGUUGCUAAUUUAACAAGACUUACAUCUAUUGGUAAGCAACCCUUCAAAAGUCAUUAAGUGAAAUAGAGAGUUCUUGUUUUGUUUUGGUGUAAUGUUCUUUGUAGCAUUUUCAGAAUUAUAUUCCUAGCGAACAGGAGAACUAGUUCACUUUUUUACACUACAGUGUUUUGUUUUGUUUUGUUUUGUUUUGUUUUGUUUUGUUUUUUUAAUAAUUUUUAUUAACCGGCCAAUCAAAUCAAAUCAAAUCACAUCACAUAAAUUCCGAAUUACAAAGCCGAAUUUUAAAUUUUGUUGAGGGGACCCAUAUUUCAAGAUCCGAAGGGGGAUUCUGAUCAUCUUCUUGCUACUGCGUUAAUGUCCAAAUCAGUCCAAACAAAGUUCAUAAUUCUAUCCAGUCUUAUCUUGCUGUUUCCACAUCACAUCUUGUUCAUAUAUUUUCUCUUUUUUCUUGAUGAUCUCUUCUGAUAGUCUCCUUAAGCCGAUAAACACCAAUAAUAAUCCUGUGUGAAUUUUUCCGUUCUUCCAAUCCUCAAAUCGAGAUGGUUUCCAUAUAUCAUCACCUUCAUAGAUAACAUCGCUCUUUCCAUCUUUAAUUACAGAACUGUCGUUCUUAAGUCCCUCUGAGGAGUUUCACCCACAAUAUAAAAACAGCUCUAUUUCUCUAUUUCUCCUCCCAGACUUAAGUCCUCCGACAGAACAUCCCAAUAUGGCGACAGCACUUUUAACUGCGUCAUUCCAAAGCCCUUAUACAUUCUUAAAACAUGCUUUGGUUCGAAAGUUUAUCUCCACACAGCCUUAAAUCCACAGCUUAAGUCCUUAAAACGACAUUUCUGACUUGUGGGGGGGGGGGAUUCUUGUUUAAUCACAUAAAGGAAAGAAAGGAAAGUUUUUUUUUCCCUCCCCCAUCAGUCCCUUUGCCAUACCGAGUCUUGGCGUAUCUUCUCAUGAUUUAUACUUGUUCCUCCGACUCGUCUUGUUUUAUCAGAGAUCUCUUCUGUUAGCAGUCUUUACUCCCCCGCCUUCCUUGAAAUAUGUGCAUUCGCUUCAUCCAAAUUGUUUCUUUUGAAGUUCUUGCAGCUAGUGGCGCGGAUCAGAGACGGCGUCCAGGAGCGCCGAAAUCCCACAGGAGGGCAUUGUGCCUAGUGCCCCCAUCCCCACAAAUUCGGGGUGGUAUAGGGCACAGCAGGCAAGGGCAGUCCCCCCCCCACAAUCCUGGGGGGGUAGGGAGGCUAUUUACUCCCAUCACAGCCUCCAAAUUACCUCGUGUGGGUCGGAGAGAUGUUAUUGUCAGCCAUCUUCUGAUGCGCCCCUAGUGGCCCCUCUACACUACAGUGGUUUUAGAGGAGGAGAGCAGGACCAAAACAGACAAUUCAAUUAGGCUUUGGAAAACUCUUUCCCCCUCCUUCUCUUUCUUUAGUUUGGAAAAAUGAUGAAUUAAUGUUUAGACUCUCAAAGAGCAUCUGCCUCUAUUCCUGUUUGUCAAGGACUAUUUUGAACAGCAUCUGCAGAAGUACUUAAACUAUGCUAAUACCAUUUUAAAAUUUAUUUUAGAUUUGUGUUCCUGUUCCCCUAGCCUGGUAGUAACCCUAUGGCUAUUGAUGGCGAACUUGCUUCCGCUACUGGCUGGAUUUCUUCUUUGUGCAUGGAGUUAAACUGGGCUCCCAGGUUACCCCAUAGACUACGUCUAGAAUACACUCCAUUUGAGUUCUUCUCAAAGGCAGCUAUCCGGAAGAGCAAACGCAUCUCCACCUGCCUUGUGGCAAGAAGGCCGGCUGAUCACAGGCAGAAGGUGCUGGAGAAACAGCCUCCAUCCCAAGAGAGGCGAAGUUUACAGCGUCAUCUCAAUAAGUGCCAGUAUUAAAGUUUUGUUUUUAUGUUGGUAUCAAAUUGUGGAGAACAAAAUCGCCAGUAGUGUUAUGUUGCCACUGGUCUGGAGCACUCUUGAUAGGCAGAAUUCUCUGAGACUGGUAGCAGAAUUUUUGGCAUCCUUAGAGAUAUACCUCAGAGUUUCCUUUAAUUUAAAAGCCAUGAAAAUAAGUCACCAUCAUUGCUAAUAACUUGAGCCUAGUGUGGCUUUAUGGAUUCUUGUAGAUGUAUCCAAAGAGUUAGCCUUUUGGUACAGCUUUAGGAUGCUUCCAGAACUGUUAUUUGCUUUGUACACUCUGGUGAUUUGAAGAUACAGUGGUACCUCAGGUUAGGUACUUAAUUCAUUCCAGAGGUCCGUUCUUAACCUGAAACUGUUCUCAACCUGAAGCAACACUUUAGCUAAUGGGGCCUCCUACUGCUGCUGCGCCACAGGAGCACGAUUUCUGUUCUCAUCCUGAAGGAAAGUUCUUAACCUGAAGCACUAUUUCUGGGUUAGCGGAGUCUGUAACCUGAAGCGUAUGUAACCAGAAGCGUAUGUAACCUGAGGUACCACUGUAUUCUCUGAAGUAUCUGUUGCUCAGAAUAUGGAGGAACUUUUCAAUAGCUGCACAUCAUGCACUUUUGAUAUUCUAAAUAGUGAAAAUAUUUAAUCUCCCCUUAACUUGUUGAAGACCAACCACUAAACUAAAGUAUUAUGCUGUAAUUUCGAUGGACUUAAGCCUUCAGUCCUAAGCAUACUUGCUAGGAAGAUUUGCAUCCUAGCAAGCAUGUUUAGGAUUGAACAUUCCUAAGUAAACUUGUUUUGGGUUAGGUUACUCAUGUUCAGUUUCUUACAAGGUAAUUUGAAGAAAGGUGUAGCCCUCAUUCAUGAAUGUUCAUUUCACUGCAUUGGCCUUCUUGAAAUGCUGGUAUACAGCCAGUCCUUAGGGGGGGUUUUCCACACACUUAGGUGAGUAGGCCAGAGGAAGAGUGAAAUCACUGAAUUCAUAAUUAAAUUUGAGGGGGCUUUAAAAAGCAACAACACCAAACUGUGAUACUUACAGAUUCCAUACUGACACCUUUGGGGCCAAAAUGUGGGUUUCUAUUAUCAGGGACCCUAUUCUGGUUCUUGGGUGAAAGAAUUGCUGAGCUCAAUUAUGUUGGGUACAUGAAGACUUGUAAACUUUCUUUUUUUAAAAAAAAGUAUGCUGCUUGUGCCACUAAGAAAUUUCUAAAAGUCAGUCAGUGAGCAACUUGUAGAUGAAGAAUCUGUUCCCGUGAGACUGAAAAACCCUCAGGGAUCAUAGUUCUGAUAACUUUCCUUUCUUGCAACUGGCACAGAUUGGUUUUGCCUUGGGACUGGAGGGGUUCACACCUGGUCCCACUGAGCAUUCUGAUCCAUUGAAAGCAGUGCUGCACUAGGAGAAGCAAAUGUUUACCUAAAUCUUCCAGUCCUCUCAAAAAGUGUGCAGUGGUAGCAGGCUGAUCAGCACAGUGAGAUCGGAAACUUGAGUGGAAUCAGGGGAACUCUUCCAUUAACAAGAAAUGCAGUCUCUUUGAAGAAAGUACAUGGGGAGUGGCUAACCUGUGGCUAACCAGAUGUUGGACCAUAACUUGGAUGGUCAAGGGUCCAAAUACAGCUAAAGGUUGGCCACCCCUGCUCGAAUAGUGCCUGCUAGAUUUCCUUUCUUAAAAUAAACCUUAUUUUUACAAAGAGGGUUGGUGUGAAUACAGCUAGUCAGUAAAGUGCUUCCUACCGGAAGCAUGAGAAAGCUGACUGAAGCAUUUGAGAGGGGAUUUCUCCUCCAGUGAUGUGAAUAUGUGUACAUUACUACAAAUAUGCUAUUUAUAUUACACACGACAUUAGCCUUAAAUAAGCGGGGGGCGGGAAGGCAUGGAAAUAGCAAUAAAAUAUUAGGGUUAAGAAAUGCUUUAAAUAUGUCCAAUUUGAAUAUGAAUGAGAAUUCUCUAAAUAGAUCUAUAGCUCAACUAAUAGGAAAUGGCUCCAUGGAACAUGGAGUAAAGACUAAUUCUUAUCUGUGCAAUAAUAAUAGAACUUAAAUAGCAUCUUGUAAGGGUGCUUUUAUAUACUUGAACAUUUUUCUCAUUGUUUGUCUUGAAGCAAAACAAUUGCACUGUAUCAACUUUUUGGCUAACUUUGUGUAUAGGCAUUUUUACCAAUGUUAAUGAAUUUGUGUCGUAAAAAUAGAACAUUGUCCUGUUUGAGAAACGGUUUUUCUUCUGCUAGGCAUUUGUCCAUCUGAGAAUGUAAUGAAAUGGAGAAAUAUCUAAAGGUCCCCGUAAAAGUUGCAAGUUUGUAAAUAUAUUAGCCCAGAACUUAAGAGAGCAUUUGGCUGUGUUACCUUCCAGCUCCUUUGCAUGCAGCUAUUAGCUGCUUUUAUGCAUCUUGUGAAAGCAAAAGACAGUUUUAAUAUGAGAUUCUAGUUAUAUCUGAGAACAUGGUAGCAAUUUAUAAUCCACAGCCCUAACCGAUGUGACUGGUAUUGAUUACUGUGUUUAAAGAAAUGCUCCUCAGUUAAAAUAUAAGUAGUCUAUUCUCCUCUAUGAGUCAGACAAAUUCUGGUUGAUUAGCAAAGGUAAACACAUCUAAAACAUAUUUUACUGUUACAGAACAAUCUCAUGUGCAGGAAGCAAGGUCUGCUACCACUGCUGUUACCAUUGUAGAUAGCUCAACUGCUUCUGGACAUUUUUCUGAGCAGGGGUCACAAGUCCUUGGGCACAUUUGCCAACCAGAGAAGCUGUUGUGGGCAGCACACUCGCCCUUCCUCCUGAAAUUAGGCUUGGCAAAAAGCAUGUUUGCUGCCCUGCCUCACCCAGGCAUUGUGGCAGGGAGAACAAGCAGCCAACCUUCCUGAAGAGAGCAGCUGGAGAAACAAGAGCUAUGUAUUUAUAUAUCACCUACAAGCCAAAAUGGCAUUAAGCUUCCUUUGCAAUUGCAGUCUGCAGAAAGAAAAGCCUUCUAUUGGAGUGGCAUUUUUUGAAAGGGAGCAUCAUGCCUGGGAGGAAAAAGGAUAAUCUUUCCCUCUCCAAAUAAUUUCCCAUGGUACAAUGUACACGUGUAUGUACACGUGUAUGCAUGUGUGUCAUGUUAGCAACUCCAAGAUGCAAGAGGGUAGUUCAUCAUGAGAGGAUCAUUGGGAGUUGAUGCUAUGCUUGAGGCAUUCAUAAAAUGUAUUAACUGCUUCUCGCCUCAUAUUAGACAAAUUAGAUUAGAUUCUGCAGUAGAAUAAUGUUUCCCACACUGGAACAAAUAAUUUCAUAAAACUGCCUCUCUGUUUCAGGUACGUUUUGUUCUUUGGGGAUGCAUUGAGAUUUCAAGUUUAUUAGAAUGCGAUUGAGUGUUUCAUCAAAAAUGGGUCAGGGUGGUGUUUGUUUUUUAAAGAGAGCAAAAGUAGCAGUAGGAAGCCAUAGACUAUUUCAAAAUACAGAAUAUAAGAGCACAUCCCUGACUCAGGACAGAAAAUCAGUAGAUGCAGUUGAGUUAGACUGUAUUUACAUUUCAACUACUACUAUCAUUAAUUAAAUUUGUAUACCACCCUUCCUCCGAAGAUUACAGGGUGGCUCACAACAGAAACCUGUUGUGUCCAGUUAAAUACCCACAAUGUUUCUAAAUACAGUCGUACCUUGGAUCCUGAACGCCUAGGUACUCAGAGGUUUUGGCUCCCGAACGCCACAACCCCGGAAGUGAGUGUUCCUGUUUGCGAACGUUCUUUAGAAUCUGAAGGUCUGGCGGGGCUUCUGCAGUUUCCGAUUGGCUGCAGGAGCUUCCUGCAGCCAAUCAGAAGCCGUGCUUUGGAAGUCGAACGGACUUCCGAAACGGAUUCCAUUCUACUUCCAAGGUACGACUGUACGAAAUAACACUGCCAACCAUUAUUCUUCUUGGCAAGCACACAAACAGUAGGUGCAUUACUGUAUUUAGCCUAACAAGACUCCUCACCAUGUUGGCAUUCACUAGCCUACCAGUCAUUCUAAACAGGGAAAUAUGUUUUCUGAUGAAAUGUCAUAAGGAAAUAUGACCUAUGUUUUACUUGAUACUAUAGAAUGCUGCAUAUCUUGGUUAUGAGGAAGGAAAUGAAUGUUAAAGCAAUCUCCUACAUAAAGCUGCUCAUUUUAAAUAAUUUCAUUGUGUUAGGUCCCAGUUAUUGUACAGAUAUGCUCAAAAUAAAUCUACUUGAAAUAUUAAUUUUAUCUAGACAAGUUUCUCCAUGCCAGUGAGCUGUUUUCUAUUUCAGGUUCCCAACUUGAUCUCGUGGCAGGGUUUUAUGAGAGCAUACUUACAUUUUACCUUAUUAUUUUAUUUUAUGUGGCUUGAAUAAGGUAUAGAUUGUUUGGGGGGGGGAUCUUACCUAUCUCUGCAUAUGUGGGCCAAAGCAGACACUAUGCUUAUCUGAAUUAAUUUCUAUGAAUGUUAUACAGUUUAUAGCUGGGUAGUUUAAAAUCCAGUAUAAGCUGUGGAUGAGCAGUAGAGAACUGUCUGCGGAUGCACAUCUCUUGAGAACCAGGAUCAUGACUGAGAACAGUAAUACAGUUAGAGUCCGUAUAUAUGUGCAGUCUGUCACUCCGUAGUACAAAAUGUCAACAUAGAUUUUUACAUGUAAAUUGUACUUUGCCGAUUGAUACAACAUACUAUUUAUGCAGAACUAUUCUUUUCCACUUCCUGUCAUGAGUGGACUUCAGGCUGGAUUAUGUAUGGUGUUUAUAUGUGCAAUUGAUUUUAUUAUUUUUAAAAUAUGUGGAAGAUUCUUUUAGCAUAAGCACUUUGAGCAUUAGUGUCAAAUUAAAGAACCUUGUCUUAAAAAAAAAAUCUUUGGUCCUUUUUGUUUACACACUUUCUAGAAAGAAAUUGAGUUCUGUAGCAAGAAAUGUAGAAUACACUGCAGCUGCUCCGAAAAAACUGAAUUAUUCAGUUGAGAGAUAAGCAUGCCAUUAUUUUAAACUUUUCAGUACUGUUCUACUUUGUUUUGAUAUCACUUUGG